UCGACUCCACCCGCCACUACCUGGAGAUCGAGCUGCGCCGGGCGCAGGAAGAGCUGGAGAAGGUCACGGAGAAGCUGCGCAGGAUUCAGAGCAACUACAUGGCGCUGCAAAGGAUCAACCAGGAGCUGGAGGACAAGCUGUACCGCAUGGGCCAGCACUAUGAGGAAGAGAAGCGAGCGCUUAGCCACGAGAUUGUCGCCCUCAACAGCCACCUGCUGGAGGCCAAGGUGACCAUCGACAAGCUAUCGGAGGACAACGAGCUCUAUAGGAAGGACUGCAAUCUAGCGGCCCAGCUGCUGCAGUGCAGCCAGACCUACGGCAGGGGCCAUAAGGUGUCCGAGCUGCCCUCAGAGUUCCAGGAGCACGUGAGCCUGCACAUGGAGAAGCAAGGCUGCAGCCUGCCCUCACCGCUCUGCCGCCCGGCCUACGCUGACAGUGUCCCCCCCUGCGUCCUCGCCAAGGUGCUGGAGAAGCCAGACCCCGGCAGCCUGUCCUCCCACCUGUCGGAUGCCUCAGCCCGUGACCUGGCCUUCCGCGACAGGCUGGAGAAGCCGGGCCCCCGGCCCCCCUACAAGGGGGACAUCUACUGCAGCGACACGGCCCUCUACUGCCCCGAGGAGCGGCGCCGGGACCGGCGGCCCAGUGUGGACGGGCCCGUGACCGACGUGGGCUUCCUGCGGGCCCAGAAUUCCACUGACAGCGCGGCCGAGGAGGAGGAGGAGGCCGCGGCAGCGGCCUACCCCGCGGGCUACCGGCACGAGGCCUUCGGGGGCUACGCGGCCUCGCUGCCCACGUCCAGCUCCUACUCGAGCUUCAGCGCCAUGUCGGAGGAGAAGGAGCACGCCCAGGCCAGCACGCUCACCGCCUCGCAGCAGGCCAUCUACCUGAACAGCCGCGACGAGCUCUUCGGCCGCAAGCCGCCUGCGGCCUACGGGAGCAGCCCACGCUACGCCUCGGCCGCGGCCACAGUGGCCGCCCCGCUCGAGGCCGAGGCGGCCCCGGGCUUCGCGAGGACUGUGUCGCCGUACCCCGCCGAGCCCUACCGCUUCCCGGUCUCCCCCGGCCCCCAGCCCGCCCUGAUGCCCCCCAACCUGUGGAACCUGCGGGCCAAGCCGGGGUCGGCCCGGCUGGCUGCAGAGGACGUGCGCGGCCAGUGGCGGCCGCUGAGCGUGGAGGACAUCGGCGCCUACCCCUUCCCGGCCGCCGCUGCCGCCGCCGCCGCCGCCGCCGCCCCCCCCGGCCGCGCCUCGCCCAGCGGCUUCAGCGACCGCUACUUUGGGGCCGGAGGCGGCCCGGGCGAGAAGGCCGAGGGCCGCGCCAGCCCCCUCUAUGCCAGCUACAAGGCUGACAGCUUCUCGGAGGGCGAUGACCUCUCCCAGGGCCACCUGGCCGAGCCCCGCUACCUCCGGGCGGCCGGUGACCUGAGCCUCAGCCCCGGCCGCUCGGCUGAGCCCCUGCCCAGCUACGCGGCCAGCGAGGGGGAGCGGGAGAGGCUCGGGGUGCAGCUCUGUGGGGCGGGCGGCAGCCCCGAGCCCGAGCACAGCCCCCGGAGCUCCAGGGAUUCCCUGGAGCCCAGCUCCAUGGAGGCCUCCCCGGAGAUGCACCCCGGCGCCCGCCUCAGCCCCCAGCCCGCCUUCCCUCGGACUGGCGGCUCGGGGCUCAGCCGCAAGGACAGUCUCACAAAAGCCCAGCUCUACGGAACCCUGCUUAACUGAGCACCCACGUGCAGGCCUCGGCCGUGGCCACCCCGCACACCGGGUCCCGAGGGGUGCUGCCUCGCCUCCCCGAUACCCAUCCUCCCGGCCCUGCAAACGAGGACCCCGUCGAGCCUGGGGGGGGGGACCCCACCCACGUGUCUCGUCCACCCCUGCACCGCCACGGUGGACCGUUUCUCACACAGCAGCCUCCUUCCCCACCGGAGAUGAGCAUCCCCCCUUUUAUAAAGUGCAACUAUUUUUAUAGAGCAAAAGGGUCUUUCUUAACGCACUCAGCCUCCAGCUCCCUGGAUGGCAGCCUAGG